CUACUGCGAGCAUAACCAUUUGGUGCCACUGUGGUUGUGCCUUCAGCCCUGUCAAUUGGGACCAAAACCUAUGAGUUUUGGCGAUUGGUGCAGAAUCCACGUUUUCCCAAAACAAGAGGAGGUUGUCCUACCGAUUUCACAAUUUAAACAUGUUUGUGAUUUGUUAGUAACUUUGAAGAACUGGAAUCCUCUAGGCUAAGUGAUCUGUGUCCCUGCCACGUGGGGUACAAGGUAGCUGGUCUGACGUGAAUAAAUGAGGAAGUGGAUUUGAGGGACCCUGGUCGUGACCAAGACUACACUCACUCAUUAUCCUAGGUCAGAGAGAUCUGUGAUCCUUGCCUCUUUAGUGAUGUUCCAACGCGGCUGACCUGUAAGUGAUUAAAACCUGUCAUAAAUAAUCCAGUGUAAUGACUGCUGUUUUACCCUCUGAAGACAGAGUGAGGGAGAGGCGAUUGAUGGACAACAAGGAGGAUGGGAAGACUUGACCUUGGGCGCAAAUCUCCAUACGUUCCUCUUUCUGUAAUGUGUACAAUUAGGCUAACAAAACAGCACAGAUUGUUUAAAGAUUAGGAUUAGUGUCAGCAAUUAUACACACGUUAUGAAAUGUCACUUCUGGUUUAACCUGACUCCUGAGGCAGAUGGACUUAAGGAUAGAAUUGGAGAGGUUGAAGCAGGGAGGUGCCACACUCAGCUCCUGUCAAGUGCUUGAUGUUGGGGGAUAAGUGGCUUGCUGAAGGACAAAACCACGAAACAUUGGCAUUUAGCAUUUGCUAAUAGCAACCACUCAAACCACAAUGCCACCUGCCGUACCCAAGAGAAGAAAGUAAAUAGGUCUAUGGAAACGUUGACCAGUGAUGACCGCCACGUCAUGGCAAAGCACGACGACCUCUGCCCUUCCCCAGAGGACCUGGAGGCAGUCCAGAAGAUGGUGUCCAGCGUGGAAUGUGGCCUUAAACAGGUGUCAGACUGGAUGGACAAACUCAAUGCCUCCCUGAGCAAGGCACCAACCCCCUCCCGCAAGGACACCAAGGCUGUUGUAGACCAUACCACCACCUUCAGCAGCACAAAACCGCGGAGGGCAUCAGUCCUGUGUGGGGUGAUGCGCGUGGGUCUUUUGGCUAAGGGCCUUCUGAUUAAAGGAGACAAGGACUUGGAGCUGGUUCUGAUGUGCAGAGAGAAACCCACCAAACUCCUGUUGUACACUAUUAGUUCCAACUUGCCCUUGCAACUACAGACGCUAACAGGGGACCAGUACGAGGUGCAGUCCAAGAUUUCAGAGUCAGCUAUGCGGGUGGUCAAGACCAACGACCCCAAAUUCACCCUGAAGAUUACCUUGUCUUCCCUUGCCAUGGGAGACAAAAACACUGCCCCGGACCAAGAGGAAGGCGUGGAGGGGUUUGAGGUGCUGGAUGGCCAGUGUUGCCGCGCUGCCCUGGCGGCACUCCGACACACCAAAUGGUUCCAGGCCAGAGUGACAGAUCUGAAGUCGUGUGUUAUCGUCAUGCGUGUUCUCAGAGACAUGCGCAACAGAUUGACCAUGUGGGAGCCUCUCAAAGAAUGGCCUCUAGAGCUGAUCUGUGAGAAGGCCCUAGCCACCUGUAAUCGCCCCUUGGGGCCCGGAGAGGCCCUACGCAGGGUCAUGGAAUGCAUCGCCUCGGGGAUCCUCCUCCCAGGUGGGCCAGGCGUUCGGGACCCCUGUGAGAGGGAGCCUACUGACACCUUGUCUGUGAUCACAGGCCAGCAGGCAGAGGCUAUCACUCAGAAUGCACAGCAUGCACUACGUCUUCUGGCCUUUGGGUACCUGCAUAAAGUCCUGAAUAUGAAUCCUCUCCCUCAAGCGAAAUCCUCACACAGACUCUCAGGGCUGGACAAAGAAGGAACCUGUCGGAAAAGGCAGCACGAGUUUCGACACACUGACGACAGACAAUUCUUCAAGAAGAUGAAACCCAACCUGAUAAGAGCUCAGGACAGUGCGGUGACAGACCCCAACAUGAAUGCUCAGGCGAGACUGAACCAGGUGUUCCCGGGGCUCCAGUACAAGCUGUUGUCCCAAUCUGGCCCAGUCCAUGCUCCAGUCUUCAUCAUGUCUGUGGAGGUCCACGGAGCAGUCUAUGAGGCCUCCGGCACCUCCAAGAAGACUGCCAAACUAAAAGUAGCACUUAAGGUCUUACAGGCGCUUGGUAACCCAGCUGGCUUUGAUGUGGACCUGGAACCCCUGAGUGCUGACCAUAGGUCAGAUGACAGAAGUUUCCGUGAUGACAGGAAAGACAAAAUGUCCACCAAAUCCAACAGCAACACAGUCAUCUCCUCCACAGACACACGUGAGCCCCGCAUCCCGGGCCCCUUCCUCACAGCGGGGGGCAAAAACCCAGUGAUGGAACUGAACGAAAAACGCAGAGGACUGAAUUACGAACUUGUUUCAGAGACCGGAGGCAGCUUUGACAAACACUUCAUCAUAGAGGUGGAGGUUGAUAAACAGAGGUUCAGAGGCUCUGGGACCAGUAAGAAAGCAGCGAAGGCUAGCGCUGCCCUGGCUGCUUUGAAGAGACUCUUCCCUGAUUCCAAAGAGCACCGUACCAAAAACAAGAGGUCCACCACACAGAGCACGGUUUCGUGCACCAUGUCUGUACCAGUGAUUACCCACCCCAGACCAAGAGGAGCACCGUACAUUCAUGUCCCCCCCCGCCAUGGGUGCCACCCACCAGGCUGUGGAGGGAUGUAUGGUUAUGGUCUCUCCUUUCCUGCCUGUGGUAAGCACAAUGGCCAUGCCAGGACCAGUAGUUAGUCUGUGUCAUGCAUGAAUGCACAGGCUUCCUGUUUCGCCUAGCUGUUUUCAGUGUUCUUUAUUUCAUAACAAGUUUGUUUAGACACAAAACAGAUUAUACCCGCAUGUUUAAAUCUCUUUAGUCACGUUGCCCACAUGGCUGAUAAACUGGGUUAGACUACGUUUCAUUUGAAUGGAUAGACUUGUUUUUAUUCUUGUCAUUUUCUCUCAAGAAUGCCCUCAGUUAUGUUCUGUGUUUUGCAAUUGCUCCCAUUCUUCCCUGUCUCACACCACUACUACCCAUUUUUGGACAACAAAGUGCUACAUUACUUAUUUUAUGUUAAAGCCUGUUUUUUAAGUUAUAUUUUUAUAGGUGGAUAGCUUUUUGAAGUCAUUCUUAUUGGAUAUAGGAUAUCCAACUAUUUUGUUGGUAUUAAUACAACUAGUUUUUAAUCUAGUAUGUAUAAUUGGUUCCUUGAGUUGUUUCGCACUUAUU